CGUCGAGAGAUGUGGUUUGCGCCCUAUGUGUAUGUAUGAUUUGUGCGCUGCUGUGAGAAGAGCGAGGUUAAGAGGUCGAAUUUAAGAGAAGAACCAAUCUUUCUUCUUUCGACGGGAAAGUUUGUUGCGUCGUGAGAACAUCAAAGCGUCUUCUUAUUUUGUUGUACUUGUUCAGUGUGAGAACGAAAGCUGCAAACAAGCAAAAAAUUGAUGGCAGCGCGGUCGUGGAGCAUCACUUGGCUGCCUCUCAAACUUCGUUCUUUCCUAGGGCUUUACCGGGACUGCAGGACGAUUGCUGGGGACCAUGGAAGCGCUUGAAUCUGGACCCACGAAAAGUUGAAACGCAUUGAGAUUAGCCACCUCUGCGGUACUAGUCCGGCGUCAGCCGCGGUUCCGCUCGCAGGAUGAGCGAGCGCGCCAGGCCGUCGUUUGACGGUACGCGGUGCUUUGUGAACAACGUAGACGAGUUAUCUCGUGUAAAAACGUCCCCACCCCAGAGUUGUCAUGCAGAUUUGCCAUGACAGAAACAUUUGUGAUGCGCAACCCCAUGACAGGCAUUUACAUUUUCAAUCGUAUUCGGGAACUUGUAAUGCUGUAAACAGGAUCAGCAGAUCGAAUUGUGAUGCGGCUUUCCUUGCUAACUUGCACUACCUUGCGGACUGCAACUUGUCAUGCAUGACUCCCAAAACUCCGGGGUUUGUGUUGCAAAAUCCCCAUCUUGACUCUGGGGUGGGGACGUUUUUGCUUAGGAUGCGAGUACAUUCCGGGCGCGGUGUGCUCCGAACUUAGCCUCCAAGGCAAUGUGUUUCUGUCCGGGACAUUGCGGGGGGGCCACAAAUGUGGACAGGUACUUGAGGUGAUGUUGCUCUGCGACGUCUCGGUCAAUUUUUUUUCAAAAUUGUCUAGAAGUUGAAUUGUUCCGGAUAGGAUUCAUUGAUAAGCAUAAACCACGAAGGGAAACAGUACGCACGAAGUACUUCUACACCAGGUGCCCCCCUGCGUGAAGCGGUUACUGUCACGAGCGUCGCCGAGUGAGUUUUUGGCCAACGUGCUGCAGCACGACGUGAUUGUGUACGACCUCCACGCAACCGAUUUGGAGGAGCUCGAAUUUGUUCUCAACGCCUUCACGGCGUUUGACUUCCGCCAUCCCGUAAGCUUGGUCCUCGUUUCCUCCUUGAUGACAUGGGCGCGAACGCCCUGCGAGGGACCGGCGUCCGGGCCGGGAACGGUGCCAGCGACGGUAAGAGCAGUAGUGUUUUGUUUUGGCAUUCUUGCAUUUUUUUUUGCGAAUCUUUAGGUGCUUUUGAUUGUGUUUGCACCAUCCUGAGAAAUUUCAAAGCUGAGUCAGAUUCUCUAACUCUAAUCAAGAUCAUUGUGAAGGUCGACAUUCAUUAUCACCAGGCAAUAAACAAGAGAUGGAAAGAGGGAUUCAACCACCGGGAGCCCCGGAUUUUAACCGACACCGAGCACGAGACGAGGGUUCCAAGUGUCAGGUACUUUUGCUUUGGAUGGAAAUUGAAUCGGUUGCGCGGAUCGGGGCGACUCGACAAGAUGGAUGAUUCUGCUAUACUCGUCAUGCCAUGAAGAUGACCUGCAUGUUUCUACUCUGCAUGUUAUUUGUUCCUAUGCACAAUUAUGUAACAACGCCCAGGUUCGCAGACUGGAAGUCUUUCGAGCUGAGUUGGGCGGCGUUGAGCAAAAAGACAAACGUGCGAUCCGUAGUGGUCGGAGCCGGGCUCCCCUACGGAAACGGCGAAUACAUUUUCCAGGACUGGUUUGCACAUUGCUGGAACAGCAUGUUCGAAAAGAACACUAUGAUUGGCGACGGGACAAACUAUCUACCCGUUGUCCAUUGCAGAAACCUGGCAAGGUAUCUAUACAUUUGAAUAGUUCAGUAAACUUUGAUUCAGAAAAAAUCGGUCUGCAACAAUGAUUCUCUUCGUCUCGUGCAACCAAUAUACCUGAAUAGAUUUUUUCGACGGCGAUAAUGAUCUCUGAUGCAACCAACAAAAAUAUUGAUAGAUAGAAAUAUCUCCCAUUUUUGUUGCAGGUUCACCCGGUACGCCACUUUCGCGCCCGUCGACGCGAGGCAAAGUUACUACGUUGCCUGCGACCAGCAGCCGUCGACGCAGAGACAGCUUCUAGAGGCGGUGAGAUUAGCGUUUGAAGAGGAGGACCCACGAUUGAGUAAAGCAAAAGACCAAGACGCCGCAGUGCCGGAGGGUGGCGAUCCCAUUAGUGAGGUAUAAUUUCCGACUUUUUGGAAUUUUCGUAGAUCUAGAUGCGGUGCUCUUCUUCUUGCAUGAUAAUAAUUGGUUUGUUGUUCUCCUCGUCUGCUGCAGCGAAGGAACAACAUAGGAAACAUCCCUUCCCACAUGCUUUGCCGCGCGAUCAUUCUCUGAUCUUCCCAGGAAGCGCGCAACUUCACACUGUCGAACGUGCUGCACGGCUCUGUGCACGUAGAGCAGGCCAUUCUGAUGGACAACGCCGAUUUGCUGACCAUGAACUUGCGUUUCCGACCGUCCGCGGAGAUGUAUCAGUUCGCCAACUGGGGCGGAGAGCAGGGGAUGCUCACAAAUUCGAAAGACACGUUGGCGCAGGAGUACGCGCUCUGGCGCGGGCUUACGCCUUUGCGCGUCGUGCUGGCCGGCGCGCCGGGAACGUACCAACAGUACCUGCCACAGAUCGCCGCCUACUUCGGCGUCGAAGUGCUCACCGUGAAAGGUAGGAAGUUCUUUUGGUAAAAAUUUCAUCUUUAUUUUCUACUGAUUUUUCGGCAUUAGCAGAGGUGGGCUGUUUUUGUAGUAAGGAAGUUUGUCUCCGGUCGUGGACCUGCAGAGGCUCCAGUUUUUUCUUUGCUACUUUAGCGUCGUGGGAGUAAGAGGGAUAGAACAACCAACGCAAGAUUUUUCCGCAACAUCAAAUCCCAACUACAUCCAGGCAUCGUCACGGAGUAUCUGGAGCGCGAGGAGAGGCAACUCUGGUUGCGACUAAAGGAACACGAGGCCUACAUGCUGGCGAAUCCGGCGCCGGAGGAGGGCACGGAGGCGUUCGAGGAGUAUGAACCCGUGCCAGAGCCGGCCCUGAGCGAGACCGCGCAGAAGGCGCAGGAAUGGGCGGGGGGGUUCGGCGACGCCGUGGAAAACAGCAUCCCAGCGGACUUGCUGGAGACGGUACGUGGCCUCUUCCAGCAGAAGUUCGCAAUGUGCAGGUGUAUGACCAAGGGGUUCGUGCUGGACAGCUGGCCGGUGACCGGGGAAGAGGCGGCGGAGCUGUUUUCAGAGCUGCGGUACAUCCCGCCCGUGAUACCCGACACCAAGACCAGCAGCGGGCGGAGUAGCCGCCCCGGCACCGGGGCCAGCCGGCGGACGCUGAACAGCCAGUCGCCCGAGAAAACGGCCACGGCGUCGGAGGCACCCAACUCCGAGGCGCCCAACGCCGAGCAGGCGGGCGAGGACGGUGCGGGCGAGGCGGCCAAGGAGCCGGAGGAGCCCCAGGGCACCUACGAGCGAUUUUUGCUGCCCGGCUGUCCGGACGUGCUUUUCCUCUUUUCCGCGGACGAGGCGCACCGGAGUUUGGAGUGUGUAUGAGAGUUGUGGACAACUACAACUCCCCCUCGUUCACGUUUCCAUGAUUUUUCAUGCGAAAUUUCGAGUGUAGCUGCUGCCUUGUGACACUAUUGUGCACGACAAAUUUCGCAAUUUAUAAUUCCAAGCAGUACUUUGCUCGACGCAUGAGGAAAAACUUGUCAUGCACAGGCUCCACCGGUGCUGGUGUUUGUAUUGCUGUUCAACAUUGCGACAUACAAACGAGGGAGGAGGGGAAGUUGUGCACUCGGAUAGCCCGAGCUGCUGAGCGAGGAACAGCUCGAGGCGGCGCAGCUCACCGCGAAGCUGGAAACGCGGGAAAGCAGCCUGCUCACCCGAAUACAGGAGCAAAAGACGCAGCAAACGGACGUGAUAGACGCGGCCACGGAGGAAAACCCGUUGCCAGAGGACUUUGUGAAGCUCACCAGCGUGCGGGACUUUUUCCAGACGCACAACCGGCUCUGUGAGUGCGAUUUGAACGCGUUCUACGAGGAGUUCGCGAUUUGGGGCAAGGAGGAGAUGGACUUCCGGAACCCGCCAGAGGAGGAGCCGGCGGAGUAUCGUGAGGAAAAAACGCACCCGACCCAAAUACUCAAAAUGGAAGUUAUUUGUGAUGCUGAUUCGUGACCACAAAUCACCUCGGUUUUGCAUAUGGGUCGUCGGAAAGUGUGAGCUUAUUUGGCGCAUUCCGCCGCCAAUCUGUGACGCGCUUCUGCUACAUAGCGCAAAGCUGUCUCCCUUUUUGAACUGCUAGUGUUUUGGUUACCCAGCCAGGGAUAGAAAAUGCAUCAUCCGAGCGCUUGCUGCAAUACACCGCUUUGUCGUUUACAGAAGCUCAGCAUACAGAUUUUUUUUUUAUGGAGUAGGGGCAGGUUUUUUCACUUUGACACGGAAUCCCCCAACGCCAGUCCGACCGAGGAGGCGGCGCCGGAGCCCACGGAGGAGGAACUGGCGCUGCAGGAGAAGAAAAGGCUCGAGGCCGAGGCGCGCAAGGAGGACCGCCGCGUCAAGCGGGAGCACAUGCUGUCGGUCGUCAAGGGGAACGCAUUCGUCAAGUUUUUUCAGGCCGCAUUCGAGAAGUCCACGGGGAAACCGUUCAAAAACUUCCUGCAACCCUUGGACACCACGCGAGUACCCGUGGAGACACCCGUGUCGGAGGGCGAGUAUAGAUUGUUUUCAAUUUUUUCCGAGUUCUGUAAAAGUAGAAAAAACACACUGACAAACACAAAGAAACGGCGCUUUGUCUGUUUUUUUUUCCGUCUCUCCACGACGAGCCAUCGAAUACGGAAAAGAGAUAGAGAACUAGAAAAGUCCCUUCCCCCUUCAACACAGGCUGGUGGGCCUUUCCCUCGAGGAAUCCCCUGAGGAGAUUGCGGAACGAGAAGCGGCCGCUCGCGCUGCCGCCCAGAAAGCAGAGGCGGAGAGAAAGUACCAGGACAAGUUGAGGCGAGAAGAAGAAGCACAGCUGGAGGAAGUGUACUGUUUCAUUUUCUAUCAUCUCUACUUUACGCAGUAGUAAAACGAAACGCACAAAAUAAAAGAACUUCUCAUCAACUGCGUAAGAAUAGAUUCCCACAAUGGUAGAAGUAGAAACCACGUCGGAAGUUGUAGUAGACACUGCAUGAUCUACUUCCCAGAGACGACGACGAUGCUAUUUGCUCCUUCUAAAUACAAAAAACAGGUCGGAGCCGCUCCGCAAGUACCUGGCCGAGUACGUGACGCCCCACGUGACAGAAGCGCUGAUAGAAAUCUGCCGCGUCAUGCCAGAGGACCCGGUGGACUACCUCGCAGAGUACCUCUUUUUCAAGUCCGAGGAGAUGAAGGGACCGGAUUCCGAGGACUGAUGUUUUUAACCGGGAAUUGUAGGGGCGUUGUCGACGAGGACCAUAUUGUAUCAACUAUUCGACGAGGUGUUAUAACAGAAGAGGCGCCUUGAUGUACGUCGUUCCUGCAUUCAUCAUGUUGAGUACGUACAACCUACUCUUCGCCCCGGUUGUAGCAAGCCCAUUGUACCAAAAACCUAUCAACAUGUCCUCUUACCAAAAAUUGACUGUUGUUGAAAUCCACGGUUUUAUUUUGUCCAGGUGAAAAAUUAUAACCAUUAAGCAUCAAUUAAGAAUAACAGCUCGCGACCUGCGGGAGUCCUCUUCCAGACAAUUUGGGAAGACCUCCUGUUGGGCACGAUGCGUGCGUGAGUGAAAUCUAAGGUUGAAAUUAAUUGCGAGAAAAUCGCGGUGCGCGAUUUUCUAUCAGCAAGCAGAACGAAA